GAUGAUGCUGCACAGCCACUGAAUCUUUCUGCUAGACCCAAGACAGCAGAACCUGUCAAAUCCCCGACGUCGCCAACGCAGAGCCUCUUCCCUACGUGUAAAACAAGCCCUGUGAAUGUGGGCAAUAAAAGUGGAAUCCCCAGUCCCAUUGGCGCGACUCUGGGAAGAGGAUCUUCUCUAGACAUACUUUCCAGUCUUAACUCACCUGCCCUUUUUGGGGACCAGGACACUGUAAUGAAAGCAAUUCAGGAGGCUCGAAAGAUGAGAGAACAAAUCCAGCGGGAGCAGCAGCAGCAACAGCAGCAACCACAUAUUGAUGGAAAGCUUCCCUCCCUGAAUAGUAUGGGCCUAAACAACUGUAGAGCUGAAAAGAUAAGGGAUAAUUAUCUUCCUUUCUUCAUGGAAGAUAUAAAAAAGGCCUCCGUGGUCCUGAAAGGAUGCAGUAUUCCCCCGAAAAAUAGAAAGACUCUCUGGAGAACUGGUGGAGAGAGAAUAGAGGAAAGAACACGCUUUGAGAAUUUAGGCCCACAGCUAUCUGGGAAACCCAGUGAAGAUGGAAAGCUAGGUCCAGGAGUCAUUGAUCUUACAAGGCCAGAAGAUGCAGAAGGAAGUAAAGCAAUGAAUGGCUCUGCAGCUAAACUACAGCAGUAUUAUUGUUGGCCAACAGGAGGUGCUACUGUGGCUGAAGCUCGAGUCUACAGAGAUGCCCGGGGACGAAGCAGCAGUGAGCCGCACAUCAAACGACCAAUGAAUGCUUUCAUGGUUUGGGCAAAGGAUGAACGCAGGAAAAUUCUUCAAGCUUUUCCUGACAUGCACAACUCCAACAUUAGCAAAAUUCUUGGUUCCCGCUGGAAAUCCAUGUCCAACCAAGAGAAACAACCUUAUUAUGAAGAGCAAGCACGCUUAAGUAAAAUCCACCUAGAAAAAUACCCUAAUUACAAAUAUAAACCCAGACCAAAACGCACUUGCAUUGUUGAUGGCAAAAAACUGCGCAUUGGAGAAUAUAAACAACUAAUGAGAUCUCGACGACAGGAGAUGAGGCAAUUUUUUACCGUAGGGCAACAGCCUCAGAUUCCAAUUGCCACAGGAACAGGAGUGGUCUAUCCUGGUGCUAUUACUAUGGCAACAACUACACCAUCACCUCAGAUGACAUCUGAUUGCUCCAGCACUUCUGCUAGUCCUGAGCCCAGCACCCCUGUCAUUCAGAGCACUUACAGCAUGAAGACGGACAGUGGGAGCCUGGUUGGAAAUGAAAUGAUAAAUGGGGAAGAUGAGAUGGAAAUGUACGAAGACUUUGAGGAUGACCCCAAAUCAGACUAUAGCAGUGAAAACGAAGCCCACGAGGCUGUCGCUGCCAACUGAGGAUGUUUGCUGAAUUACUCUGACUUUGUUUUGUUUUCUUUUGAACAAAAAGUUCUUAAAAUGAGCCUGCAUGCAUGUAUGGCUCCUACAGUUACAUCUGCAGAAUGGUCUUAAAUGUUUCUUAUUGUGUGACACAGAUUGUUCCCUAAUUUUCAUGAACUUUUUUAAACAAUUUAGGUGAAGACAUUAAGUAUCAGACAUUGAGACUUGAAAACUGAUAUGAAUCAAUUGUUCUCUUACAAGUCUUAUCUCUCUUUUUUUGUCUAUUCUUUCCUCUUCCUGGAUACUGACAAAAAGGUUUAAGUUACUGUUUUAAUGGGGGUUUUACAUUCUCACUCAGGUAUGCUGUGCCAGCCUACAGAUUGUGAAUGUGUUUUUAUUCUGAAUUAUUUUGAAAAACAAAACAAAAAAACUUACAAAUUUCCUAUCAUGAAACAGAACAAGUCCUAAGCGUGUACAUCUAUCUGUAUUAGCUCAUCCUUUUAAAAAUAAGGUCUCUAAAUUCCUCCCCCCCUCCUUAUAUAUAGCUGACCUUCUGAUGUGCCAAACUUUCCUAACUUCUGAAUCUUAAUAUUUAAAAAAAAGUCUUAAGGGAGACACUGUAAAGUCUUAGACAAUCCUUUGGCAUCUUAAAAAUACUGCUAUAUCUUAAAAGAAAAUCCUACUUUUUCCAGAAAAUUGUAAAAUACUCAGGAAUCUGGAGACAGGAUAUUGCUUAAAAAGUGAAUAUGAUUGCUACAAUGCACUUGUUCAAUUGCUUCUGCCUCUUGAUGUACCAUCAGUGUGAAACAUGAGUAAGCACAACAGAGUGAUCACCAGCUAAGACAGGCUUGUCUUAGCAACAUAAGGCCACCUUCAAGUCAUUCUCUGUCCCUUUGCUUUGAAUUCUUAUAUUCAGUCUUAAUUACAUUUGGUCUUAAUGUAUUCAUUCCAGAAUGUCAGGGGGCCAUGUAGUAAAAACAUAUUUUCAAGGGUACUGUUGUAAUGGCAUUAUCAUUUGUUUGCCUUUUAUUUCUUUUAAAGAGCCUUUUCCCCUUAAAGUGUGUGGUAUCUUAAAAAUAAUGAGGCACUUAAUAUUGGAAAGGAAUAACUCUCUAUUUCUCUCUGUGUGUCUCUCUCACACACAUGAGGAAAUGUGUUUCUACAUGUCAGAAACACUUGGAAAAAUGUUAUUAUUAGUAGAACAGUAUCAUAUACAGGAGAGUGUACAAUAUUUACCCACUAUGCUGUUUCUUUUUAGGAUAAUUUGUGAGGCUUCCCUAUAGUACUGCUGUUUUCUAAUUUUGAGUUAUUGUAUGUUGUCAGACAACACUUCAUAUAUUCCCCACCUACUAUGCCCAGCGCUAGGCAUAAUAAAAGUUGUAGCCUAACACAGUAUUGGGUGCAAGGCUUAAAACUACUUCUGUUAAAUUCAUGUAUUAGAUUAUCUUAACCUUUGUCUAGUGCAUAGACAGCCUAGAAAUACAACAUAGUCUUCCUCUUUCGUGGAGAGUAAAGUGCUGCCACUGUUUAGAAAUCUUCCUAUUGCUGUUCCAAUAAUCAUCCUUUGAUGAUAUUAUAGAAAUUUUAAAUCUUGCAGAUAAUCUGUGUUGAAUAUUAAUUCUAGAGGACUGAAAAGGAUGCAAAGAUCAUCCUUGUACUUAUAAUUUCACUUUACUCAUUUAGAUGCAUAUGCUCAGCAGUAUUUGAAAAUUUUCAAAACUUUGUUAUCUGCCAUAUAAGAAAAAAAACAAAAUGAAAGAACAUAAAGCUAACCCCAAGGUCAGUAUUUGUGAAUUAUGCCAGGUCCUUUAGAUCAAAACUGCUGUAGAAAUUUAAAUUCUUAUUUAUUUCAGUGCUAAUAUAUAGUUUUAUUAUACAUAAUAUUGAUUUCUAAGGAGCCAAGGGCAAGGUAAAAUAAAGCAUUCCCAAAUUAAACAUCCAGCUAUUUGUGGAUGUCAGUAUUUAACACUGAAAUUUGAAAUUGAUGCAUUUAAUGUAUUUCAAAGUAUAAAACCUGGUUAGUGACUUAUAAGCUCUUUUAAGAGUUUUCACCAACUCCUAAGGUAGAAGGCAUUAAUAGUCUUUGAUUUGAAAAUAUAAAUGUGUUCUUCUUUAUAUCUUACUAUCAAUAGUUACAACUAUUUCUAACUGCUACAUAUACCAGAAAAAUUGCAGUUUUAUAUGCCUUCUAAGUAAAACCAGUUUCACGUAAACAUUUUAUGGUAUGGCAGGGUAAAUUUUUCCAUGCCAAUCAGAUUGUCAGUGUGAAUGUUUAAUGGUGAUUAAGAAAAUAUAUCAGGUAUUAAUCCAAAUGGAGCAGCUGCCUCUCCAUUGCCCUUCCAAGUAGUAUGUUUUAUCCAAACCAUUUAAUUAUAAGAGGGUGAAUUGUGUCAAGAGUUCUGCCUUCUACAAACAUGCCAUUCUUAAGACUGGAGGAAGAUUCUUAUUAGCUUGCUCAGGGGAUAAGAGUGCCAGGUUUUUCAAUAGCAUUUUAGCACUUUGUAGGAUGGCAAAGAUGAUAAACCACCAAGUAAUAAAUCUAUGAAAUAUGACCUAGGUUCUUCUACACUUAAACGAUUGCAAUCAUAUCUUUGUGCCUAGAGCUUCCAUUACCGAGAAUGGCAGAUGAGGCACCCUCUUUCUGUUUGCAAUGGGAAGUUUACAUAGAGAGACUUGGUCUUUUGAUAGAGGCCAUUGUAUCUUUUUGCUUAGUUCUUUUCAGAGGGUUUUAGACUUCAAUAAUUAGCAACAUUAAUGGAAUGUCAAACCAGAUUAUCAUCAUGCUGUCACAAAUCUUGUAGUUUUAGCAGAAAAAGAAAAAUAUGACCUAGCAGUUUCCAGUAAUUAUUUUGAGAAGUGGAGGCAGUUCUGCAAUUUUACAAUAGGAGUGUUUAAUCCAUGCAGCAAGCCGGCUGAUUAUUUGUGCGUGUGUGUGUGCGUGUGCGUGUGGAUGCAUACACACACAGUCAUUGGCAGCCAUUCUACAAUCUAGAAUAGAAUCAUUUAUCUUUUCUAUUUAUUUGAAUGAAUGCUUCUCUCAUAUCCCACAGUUAUGACAGUAAAACUGGUCUAGCCAAGAUGUAAAGGCACUUGUUAUCAUUAGCUGGUGAGAGUCCUCUUUAUCUAGUUAAGGUACUGAAAUAAAAUCCUUUGUUGUCUCUGAGAUUACUUAAGAAUUUGAACUGAUCUAAUAGAUGUAGCUUGGAUGGGAGAUAACCCAUUAUUUCCUAAAGAAUGACUAUUUAUUAAUUUCCUACAAGUUUCUCCUGUUAUAAAUCUCUCUCCAUUCUACAUGUCUGGGGUUGUGGGUUUUUUUCUUUUCUUUUCCAUAGCCAGAAUGCUGUAUUGCUAGCAUUGUAUGUUUUGUAAUUAUUUUUGCACAAGGGCAAACAUUUAGUUUUGUGAGUUAUUUUCUUUUUAUAAUUCUAUGACCAUGCCAAAAUAAUAUUCUGCAGGCUGGCAGAGAACAAAGGACUGUUCUUUAGGGCUGAAACUUGAUUUUACUCAUACUACAAAAACACACACUCACAGAUGUUGUUUCGUAAGUGUAAUAAGCACUGGAUAUAAAUGGUAUUUUUUAUCACUUCUAACUAAUGUGAAACUGUUGUACAAAAAAAAAAAAACGACAAGAACAAAAGUCAUCUGUUUCGACUCGUGUGGGCCUGCCUCACAGUUGCCGGAUUUGAGUCAUUUUUUUAUGUCUUGUUAUUUCAUUUAUUUAUGCAAGAUUCUUAUAUGUAUGAAUACUUUGUUUGAGCUCCAGUCCUCCAUCUGUGUUGAUGAUCUGUAACUUAAAUCUGUGUUCUUGACAUUGAUUGGCUCUUCACGAAUCAGCAGAUGGUAGAAUAUGACUUAUUGGACAGGUUUUGAAUUUAAAAUCUGCAGAAUCAGUUUAUGACAUUUAUUAGCCGAUGCUGGCUCUAAAAUAUCAAUAGAAAUCAAGGAAGGACAAUCAUUGGGAAGCAAAAAUACCUUUUUUUCUUUUUUAAAAAAUUCAUCAUUGGAGCUCAAAACAAGGUUCUUUAGUAGUCACCAUCUCAUUUAAGAUUUUUUUUAAAAAAAAAUUGUAAAUAUAACAUAGGAGAUAGAAUUUUAUUUUUUGUUCAUGGAUACUUAGCUAUAUAUAAGUUAUGUAUUUACUUUUGUUCUGUAUCAGUGUACAUUGGUCCAUAUUAAAUGCUGACAAAUUCACUGUACCUCAUGUAGAUUUUACGCCUGCAGUGUGGCAGCAGUACUGUGGACCUGUAGCUAAGCUGGCGAGUUGCCUCCCUUGUGCCCUCCUUCAAUCUGAAUCCCAUAUAAUAAACACAAAAUACUUCAAACAUUGCACCUGCUUAUAAAAUAACAAUCUCAUAUUUACUCUGUAGUAGUGGCAUUAUAGUUUGGGAGAACAGUAAAACAUUUGUCCAAGAAUUAUAGCAUAGCCAGUUGCUUCUUAGUAUUUCUUCAUUAGCAAAUAAGUGCAUAGGACAUGAAGUACAAACCAUACCUUUUGGGCAUUCUAGCAAUCUGUGAGUCUAGUUCAGGUGACAAAAGUGAUGAUUUCUUAUAUCCUUGUUUAGCUCUGCAGAACAAGGUAAACUUUAGGUCUCAUUUAUUUCAAUUAAAGUAAAGUAUCUUGAUCAGGUAUAUGAUCUCACAAUUCUUUGACAUCUUUGUCAAGAUAGUCUGAGUAGGAUUCAAUUAAGUAUUGCCUCCCCCUCCAAUUUAAUGGAGGUUAUAUUUAAACCAACUUUAAAAACAGAUUGUAAAGGAGACAGUUUUCAUGUAAUUUGCUUCAAGCAAACCUGAUAGCCAUUCUUGGUUUUUUUUUUGUUUUGAAAGCAACCAAUAUGUCUUAGAAAAGUUGUCAAUAGGAAGGCAAAUAAAUAAGAAAGCAAAUAAAUAAUCAAGUGUGUUUGAGGAGUUAGCCAUUAAUCCAGCCUUUUAAAGUAAGUAGUACCAGUUGUUAAUAUAACAUAGAUUUUUUUUUAAAAAAAAAUCUGUGUUUCGUGUGAAACAGUAUUGGCUUGUCAAAAUAGAACUGUAGCAUUUAUAAUUCAUUAAACUAUAAAAGGGCAGUAAUAAUUUUCUAUUGUCCAAGAUAAUGCUUAUUUAAAAUGAAUGUGAUGCCAUGCACUUAGAUUGUUAGAGUAACUGUACUUUGCAAACACAAAAUUUAAUAUUUAACUUUCAAGGAAAGACUUCCGACAUCUCUUGUUGACAAUUGAAGAAUAUUGUUUAAAAGAUAUAAUAAGAACAUUCAACUUGACAUGAAUAAAAUAACUGAAACACAUUUUCACAGGAUUUAUAAAAAGGACAGAAAGCAUCUGCAAUGGAAAUGCCUAUUUCUUAGAAUACACAGUAUGAGAUGCAGGCUUAUAUGAAGGCAUUUACCACCACCCCAACAAUGUAGGUAGCAGGUUGCUAGGGAAAGCUUUAGGCAAUGCUGUUGGAAUUUUUAAAAACUGAAAGUCUAGGCUUUAGGAGUUGAAACAUGUACAUUAUGGCUCUGCAUGCUUUAAAACUAAGAACUUGUUUGGACCCCCGUAAUCCUGGCCUUCUCUGUUCAUGAAAGCAGCUCGUUGUUGUUGUUGUUGUUAUUAAUACUUCCAUUUCACCUGAAAAAAAAGAUGUUGCUGAUUUAAAGUUAAUGCAUCUCGUACAGCGUUGUUGUUUUUUUACAGGCUUACAUGGAAGCUUGGAAAAAAUUGAGUUCUGAGGUGCUGUAUUUGGCAAAGUCCAGAGACUUUUUCAGAUUCAUUUUCCAAGUGUCCAUAGGCAAGCCUGGUGCACAUGUAGUGCAUUUGCUUUGCCGUUCAGUCUUCAGUCUUCUGUUAUAUAAUGUAUGAUGGUAUGCCAAUCGUUUGGGAGAAAGCCCUGGAUCACUUGCUGAUCCCCAUAGUCAUCAAGAGGCAGUAUGAGAAGGAAGGGUGAGAUUAUGAUGGGACAAAACUUACACUCUGGUGUUCACUCUGUAUGAAUGAGUAUGAUUGUUAUUUACAAGGACGGCAGUAACUUGAAAAAAAAAGAUUGUUUGAAUAAUUGUGUAAAUGAAACAAAUGAUUUUGUAAAUGCAAGCAUCACUUGAUUCAUUGUUAAAGCCUGCUCUUAUUGUUUCUCCUGCUGCUUUUCAUCUUAUUGAUUGUUAAUUUCUACUUUUUCCCAGUAAAAAAUGCCAAUGAUCCAGUAGAAAAGAAAAAAAUUCAAGGCCAAGCUCAUGGUAUAUUUCAGAGUAGGUAGAUGAAGUGUAGGCAGCAUGAAUUUUCAGCAGCGUAUACUUUGAAGCAACGAAGCCAUUCUAUUCAAGUCCAAAACAUUUUUUAAAUUGAAGCUUCCGCAAAAUCUUAUACAUAACAGUAUGUAUAUCUGGAUAGGAUUGUCAGUGCCAACAACUGCUCAAAAAUGCAGCUGGUAGAAUGUAUUAGAGUAUUUCAUAUUUUCAAUUGAGCAAAAUAGUCUCUCAGAACUUCUUGACGUUGCAUGCAUGUUUAAAGAUUGAAGUUGGCACUUAAGCAUGACCUUUAAAAAAUUAACAUGUGACCUCAAUUGAUGUUUUUAAAAACAUAAAGGCACUUACAUCCUCUUGUUUCUCAAAAUCAUUUUACUUUGCUUUCUUUUCUCUGUUCUCCACCAUUACCUUUUACUACUUUGUUCUCUGAAUGGUUGAUAUAUUAUGAAUGGUUGAUGUAUUGUGAUCCCAUAUUAGAAAGGAAAAAAUAUACAGAUUUUUUUAUAAAAAAAACAGCUAGAUUUCCUUGUCAUUAGAUUUUAUCCCCCUCCCCUUUUUAAUAAUAUCCCAAAUUAAUUUUUGGAAGCUGAUGGAAAGUAUUCAGAGGGAGCUCACUGGUGUAAAAAGAAGGGUGGCUUUCGCAUGAUUGUAAGAAAACUCUACCCCAUUGGUUUUUUAUGAUAUUAUGAAAGCUCUAAAGAAGUUCAGUGAUCCACUUGCUUUAUAACUUCUGCUUUCUUAGGAAACCCCAAGUGAGAUCCUUGGUGCUCUCAAAAGUUUGGGGAAUGUGCAAACUAUUUAACUGUUUGUGUACUGCACAUUGCAGUACUGCUAGUCCGCAUUCUCCGUUUGUCUUCCUGUCAUUUGUGUUUUGCUUUCUCAAAAGCACAGUCCCCCCCUCCCAUCCUCCUGUAGCAAAUGUUAGAAUGUUUAAAUAUUUCUAUCCAUUAUUGUAUUUGCCAUGUACAAAUGUUUUAUUACCCUAAGAUGAGCUUAUAAGCUGUUACUUACUGUAACCCAUUUUCUUUCCUGACAUUGUGAUGUAUAUUGUGAAAUUGUAUUCUAUGUUAAUUUAAUCAGCACAAUUCACUGACAUGCUGGACUGACAAUGCUAGCUGCUGUUUCAAAGUGUAAAGUUUUGUGUAGAGCUGUUGGGGGGACCUCAGAGGUUUCCCGUGUCAAGGUACUAUGCUUUGGUUCUCUUGGGGGUGGUUCUUUCAAAGCUCUUCUUACACCCCAUAAGUCCAUUUUUAAACUGGUAGAUUUUCUUGUACAAAUUCUUUACAAAGUGCAGGUACCUACCUGAGCCCAGGGCUGGUAAUGAUUUGGGCAUGUAAAGGAAAAAAAAAACCUAGUGUCUAUUGCUGCUUUGAAUAUGUUUUAAAAGUCUGAAAAUGUAAAUAGUUUAUCAAAAAAGGAAAAAAAUCUUGUACAGUCCAGUGUAAAGUUUUUAAAUGAACUGAAAAGGUUGCCAUCGCAUCUCUCACACACUCUCCUCUUGAAGCAGUUUGAAAAGACAACCAAGCUUGCUAAGGAUUUUGAUUUUUUUUUUAAAAAAAUAAAGAUAUCUGUACUCUUAAUUUAAGAGGGAAAAAAAUCAUUCUUAGCUUUACUUCAUAGCAUAAACAGACUUAUUGGAUUUUGUUGUGCAGUAUUGACGUGAGGUAAAUUAAAUAUUAAAUAAUUUUUCAGUGGUACUUUUAAGAGUUUUCUCUGCUCUGCCUCCGAAAUGAAUAUAAAAGACAAAAUGGAAAGACACUUUCUUUAUAUCAUAUAUUCUGGUGUAUGCUGGCACCUUACUUACAUCUUUGUGAGGAUAUUUGUUUCUUCCUCUUCUUUCUCUUCCUCCUCAUAUUCCUCCUCCUCUUCUUUUCCCCCUCCUUCCCCUCCUUCCUCUUCCCCUUUUUGCACAAGGUGCUUUCCUGAUAUGUUUAACAUGUCAUCAUUGGGUGAUGCCAUAUACGCCAUGAUAAAGGGGGUCUGAACCCUCAGGGGAGUGUCUAUACGACUGCCUAUUUAUGCUCAUUUACCUCAAGACUGUCCUCUCUGCCCUUAAUCUAUUCACCAUCACUCCAUAUUUUGUACUGCUGUUGACACUUACAGAUUAAAGAUAAAUUUUGUUUUAU